AUGGAGAACGCGUGCGAUGUGAAUCAGUUGGAUGCUGAUGUUCUUUUGCCACCUCGGAAACGGCUUCUUGCUGGACUGAAAAAACAGAGUUCGGAAAGUGAUGCUACUGCGUCACCGUCACCUGUUGCUGCUUCUUGUGUUACGGAUGUUGCUUCCCCUUCAUCUGCUUCCUUUUCAAGUGAAUUUGAAGCUCGGCUUAAGCAUUUGUUGAAUUGUCAUUCGAAUAACCCUAACCUUACACCCGAGGAGGUCGCGGAGGCUUCGAGAAAAGCAGCGGUCACUGCAACUAAGGCUGCCGAGGCAGCAAGAGCUGCAGCUGAAGAGAAAGCUGCUAUAGCAGCGAAGGCGGUUGCUAAGGCCAAGAGUGCUUUGGAUUUGGUUGCUUCUUUUUCUGAGGAUGCAAUCGUCAACAAGGAAAGGAAUCUGAAAAAGAACAAGUCGAAGAAGCAUGUCCCAGUUCAGCUGUUGUACAAAAAAAACAAACCAAUUGAAAAUUGUAGGAAAGAUGAAGAAUUAGCUCGAAAGUUACACCGAGCCAUGAAUAGCUCUCCGAGAAUCUCUAAGAACUCUCCGAAAUCUGACUCAAAAGGUAGUAGAUCGAAGAGGCCUAGAAGCUCUUCAAGUUUCGAAAUAACCGAGGGCUCUGAAUGUGGCGCAGCAGUUGGACAAGAUUGUUUAUCUUUGAGCAACGGACAUGCAGUAGCCGGAAAGAUUGAUUCUGAAGGAUCCAACCAAGAGGUAUGCUCUAGUAAGAAAGAUAAGAAGGUAAUCAAAUAUGAUAGGUCUAGCCAAAUGGAGAUGGAUAACGGGGAAGCAGAGUCGAGCCACUCAAAACCGAAAAACGGUGAAGAUUCACAUUCACCUCCCAUCAUAGGUAAGAAGAGGGGAAGGACAAAGCUAAAAAAGUUACCCUUAAGCAUUUGCACCUCGAAAGAUAAAGCACAGCCGAGGGAAGAAAUAAAAGUCAGAAGAAGUUCUUCGUUGACUGAACUGAACAAAGACAAUCAGCAUGUCCAUACUAUACCCGUGUUUCCGGUGGAGCCAUCGACUGACCGAAUGACGCCGAUUGAAGCUACAUCAACAUGGAAAUGCCAGGACUUCAAGGUACCGGCUUGUAUCAAACAAAAUAAAGCUGUGCAGUCAUAA